UGGGAGAGGAACCGGCCCCGUCUGGAGAGACUCGUUCCACUGUGACGGGACUGAAGCCCACCUGGGGCAGUGCCCGGUGACUGCCCUGGGGGCCUCGCCGUGCUCCCAGGAGAACGCUGCUGCUGUCAUUUGCUCAGGCCCGGCUCACCACAUGUCUGUACGGUUGGUGGGUGGAGGGAGCCGGUGCGACGGGCUCGUGGAGGUCUUCCAGCACGGGACGUGGGGCAGAGUCCUGGAUGAGCAGUGGGACAUGCAGGAGGCCAGCGUGGUGUGCUGGCAGCUCCAGUGCGGAGAGGCAGAGACAGCCUACACCCCCGUGAGGGCCAAGCGAGGUCUGGGCCCCGUGGGUCUGCGUGGGGUGCGGUGUGCAGGGCACGAGGCUAACCUGAGCCUCUGCAACACCUCCCUACCUGAGAGCACACCAGCAGCAGGGAUCAUGGAGGACGUGGGGGUCGUGUGCCGGGGGAGCCGGCGGGUGCGGCUGGUGGACGGGGCUGGGCGCUGUGCCGGGAGAGUGGAGAUCUACUACCAGGGGCGCUGGGGCACCGUCUGCGACGACGCCUGGGACCUGGCUGACGCCGCCGUCGUUUGCCACCAGCUGGGCUGCGGAGGGGCCCUGGAGGCAGCCGGCUCUGCUCGGUUUGGGGAGGGCUCCGGGCAGAUCUGGCUGGAUGGCGUCAACUGCUCUGGGGCUGAAGCUGCUCUCUGGGACUGCCCUGCCGAGGCCUGGGGGCAGCACAGCUGCGGGCACAAGGAGGACGCGGGAGUCAUCUGCUCAGAGUUCAUGGCCCUGAGGCUGGAGAACAGCGACGGCUGCUCCGGGCGCCUGCAGGUUUUCUACAACGGGACGUGGGGCAGCGUUUGCUCCAACUCCAUGACCACCGAGACGGUGUCACUGGUGUGCAAGGAGCUGGGCUGCGGGAAUGAAGGGGAACUGGAAACAGAUUCUAACUCUGCCAAGCUGUCUGGCAUCACGUGGCUGGAUCACGUGGAGUGUGGGAAGAGCAACAGCUCCUUCUGGCAGUGUCCCUCUCAUCCCUGGGAUCUGCAGUCAUGUGAUGACCUCCGAGAAGAGACCCACAUCACCUGCAAUGGUAAAUCUGAGCCAUCAAGGCACCAGGUCCACUUCCUCACUGGGUGGGGUGAGGUGGUGGUCUGCGGCCCUAAAAUGAGAGUGCUGCAGGAGGAGAAAGGCAUGCUGUCCCUUUGGCCUCUCCUGCAGCUCCUGUGGGAGCAAGAGCACAAAUGUGGCCUCUCUCACCCUCCUUUGUCCCCAGAGUACACAGGGUUCAGGCUGGUGAAUGGCAGCACAGCGUGUGAGGGCAGGGUGGAGGUGGAGGUGCUGGGAACGUGGGGGACGCUCUGUGCCUCCCGCUGGGACAUCUCGGAUGCCCACGUUCUGUGUCGGCACCUCGGCUGUGGCUUUGCUGAGUCCAUUCCUGGAGGAGGGCAUUUUGGGAGAGGAACCGGCCCCGUCUGGAGAGACUCGUUCCACUGUGACGGGACUGAAGCCCACCUGGGGCAGUGCCCGGUGACUGCCCUGGGGGCCUCGCCGUGCUCCCAGGAGAACGCUGCUGCUGUCAUUUGCUCAGGCCUAACUCACCCCAUGCCCCUGCGGUUGGUGGGCGGAGGGAGCCGGUGCGAUGGGCUCGUGGAGGUCUUCCAGCACGGGACGUGGGGCAGAGUCCUGGAUGAGCAGUGGGACAUGCAGGAGGCCAGCGUGGUGUGCCGGCAGCUGCAGUGCGGAGAGGCAGAGGCAGCCUACACCCCCGUGAGGGCCAAGCGAGGACGAGGACCUGUGGGGCUGCAUGGGGUGCAGUGUGCAGGGCACGAGGCUGACCUGAGCCUCUGCAACACCUCCCUGCCUCAGAGCAUGUCGGCAGCAGAGAUCAUGGAGGACGUGGGGGUCGUGUGCCAGGGGAGCCGGCGGGUGCGGCUGGUGGACGGGGCUGGGCGCUGUGCCGGGAGAGUGGAGAUCUACUACCAGGGGCGCUGGGGCACCGUCUGCGACGACGCCUGGGACCUGGCUGACGCCGCCGUCGUUUGCCACCAGCUGGGCUGCGGAGGGGCCCUGGAGGCAGCCGGCUCUGCUCGGUUUGGGGAGGGCUCCGGGCAGAUCUGGCUGGAUGGCGUCAACUGCUCCGGGGCUGAAGCUGCUCUCUGGGACUGCCCUGCCGAGGCCUGGGGGCAGCACGACUGCGGGCACAAGGAGGACGUGGGAGUCGUCUGCUCAGAGUUCAUGGCCCUGAGGCUGGAGAACAGCGACGGCUGCUCCGGGCGCCUGCAGGUUUUCUACAACGGGACGUGGGGCAGCGUUUGCUCCAACUCCAUGACCACCGAGACGGUGUCACUGGUGUGCAAGGAGCUGGGCUGCGGGAAUGAAGAGGACUGGGAAAUUAUCUUAAACUCUGCCAAGCUGUCUGGCAUCACGUGGCUGGAUCACGUGGAGUGUGGGAAGAGCAACAGCUCCUUCUGGCAGUGUCCCUCUGAUCCCUGGCAUCCGCAGUCAUGUACUGACCGCCGAGAAGAGACCCACAUCACCUGCAAUGGUAAAUCUGAGCCAUCAAGGCACCAGGUCCACUUCCUCACUGGGCAUGGUGAAAUGCAGAGAAGGAACCCAGAGGGGCUUUGA